AUGGCUUCGAGCAAUCACAAUGCAUGGUUUCCUGAACAGCCGACGCGGUUGUCGUCCUUGGAUGCAAUGAUCGCCCCCAGAUCGUCCCGCGCAUUCACGCCUCGCUUGCCACCACUCCCGGAACAGGAUUGGGAUUUUAGUUGGGAAGAAAACAUGGUUAUCCCGCAGGACCCGUACGCAGGCUUCGAACAAGCCUCAACAACCGUCGUUGAUGCAGCCGCCAACGACUCUACACCGCCACAAGUAUACAAAGAGCUGAACCAGUUACGAAAUGAAGUCCGACAGUUGAGUUGCGAUAUCUCAGAGCUGCAAGACAUGUUCAGUAAACGGCUAGAUAGUAUGGAGACACGCAUUGUGGUAGCUCAACGCUAUGUUAAUAAUCUGGUACCUUGGUCGAUGGAAGUUCACGAGAAGUAUUCAAAAUUACUAGAGGCGGUGGAGAAGCAGGAGGACCGAGCCACAGAUAGUACCACGUGA